UUCUAUGAUGAUCAUGUACUUUUUUCCCAAGCAAAAAGAAAAACAUUUUGUACUAAUCUAAAUUAAUUUUAUAGAGACAACUGAUCUUCCGCUAUGGACUCGAAGCAAAAAAUGAGCUCUAACUCUAAUAGCAAGAGACCACCGCCUGACCCAGUGGCUGUGCUGAGAGGCCACCGCGCUUCCGUCACCGAUGCAUGUUUCCAUCCUUCCAAACCCAUUUUGUUCACCGGCUCUUCAGACGGUGAGUUGCGGAUUUGGGACACAACCCAGCAUCGCACAGUAUCAUCUUCAUGGGUGCAUAGUACUGCGCAUGGGAUUAUAGCUGUUGCUUGUAGUUCUUUGUUGGGGACCAACAAAGUUAUCAGUCAGGGCAGGGAUGGAACUGUCAAGUAUUGGGACAUCGAAGAGGGAGGUCUCUCCAGGACACCUUCACUUACAAUCAGUUCAAAUGCUUACCACUUUUGCAAGCUUUCUUUGGUGAAGAAACCUAUUGCUAAUGCAAAGCAAGGGAAGGAAACUGUUGAUAUAGAAAUUUCAAAAGAUAGCAGAGGAAAGACUGCAGAAAAUCAAGUAGAGGGUUCCAACACCUUUGAAGAUCAUUUUCAAGGUGGGUUAAUAGAAGAAACAUAUGUUGAAGAACUUAAGUAUGUGGCUAUGGCAGGAGAGCAAUCUUAUGAGGUUGAGAUUUGGGAUCUCAAUACAGGUGAAAGGUCUGUACGGCUACCUCAAGAGAGCGCUGUUGGUUCUUCUAGUUUCUCUACUAAGGAGAGAGGAAUGUGCAUGGCAGUUCAAUCAUUUUUACUCCCUGGAUCACAGGGUUUUCUUAAUGUCUUAGCGGGUUAUGAGGAUGGUUCCAUUCUUUGGUGGGAUAUACGUAAUCCUGGGAUUCCUAUAACUUCUGUGAAGUUCCAUUCGGAGCCAGUUCUAAGUUUAUGCGUUGAUGGAUCAUGCAAUGGAGGUAUCUCAGGGGCAGCAGAUAACAAGAUUGUAAUCUACAAUUUGGAUUAUCCCAUGGGUUCUUGUGUUGUUAAGAAAGAAAUUAGUUUAGAACGGCCAGGCAUAUCCAGUACCUCAAUUCGUCCAGAUUGUAAAAUUGCUGCAACUGCUGGCUGGGACCAUAGAGUUAGAAUAUACAAUUAUCGCAAAGGAAAUCCUCUGGCAAUUCUGAAAUAUCACCAUGCUACGAUUUGGAGGACUUGUCUGUUGAAGUGGGAAAAGAGUUUAGGGAAGGAGUGCAAUUAUUGAAGUAAUGUGAAGAUAAAGGAGUCAUCUGGAAGAUAAGGAUCUAAUCCUGAAUCUAUUCCCUUGCAUUAAAGCCUUAAACUGGGGUCUUUUCAGAAUACCCAUUGCCGUCCCAUGUUUGUCAGAAUCCUUUGGGUCAUGACAAUAGCUGCUCAUGCAGGGAACAGUUGUUCACAUGGUGAGUUUUCCAUUUGUUAAACAGUUCACAUCAACUGUGAUACUGACUUCUUUUCUCUUCCUAUAUUCCUUUCAUUGCUUGAUUAUAACAAACUUUAAACUAAGUGAUACUAACUCAUUUUUACUCAAAACUGUAUUCAUUCCAGGACGCAAUAUAUGGAUUCUUUUUCUGCAUAAAUUAUUAAGCUAUGCUUAACUACAAGAUUUCAAUUACUAUGAACAAUUGGAAAGUUGUCAUGAAUAAAAAAAACGAGCAUUUUAUGCCGAUACGAUCUAAGUUUCUGAGAAUGAUUUUCAAUGAAUCGUUCUUCGUCUCUAAAUCCGUCUCAGUAUUAUUUUAAAGGAACGGAAUUGGAAACCGAUUAAUUUAUAUUGAUGUCAUAUCAAUAUUGACAAACAAAUCUACACAAAGAAAAUACAGAUUGUGAAGAUCUCAACGUAACAUCUGAAGCUCACUUUCCACCCUUAAAAGCAUCCGACCAAGAAACCGGCUAACGACUCCAAGUCUGAUUUGGAUGCAAAGUUCGGUCGUCCGGCCAGGAUGGUCUUCGAAAGCAUUUGUGUAGUUUUGACUUUUGACAGUUCAUGCCCUUUACUGUUUAGCACCUUUUUAUCACUUUGAAGUCCAAGCACGUAAAAUAAAAAAGGCCAGUAGAACUUAAGCAAGUACGUACGUUGGUGCCCCAUGUGCCAAGGACAAACUUUUAACCACGCUAUAAUGUUGGUAUGUCCCAAUCAAAAGCACUAGUUUAAUCAGUUUGUCUUGUUCCCCAACAACAGCCAAAGAAAACUUGUUCUUUUUCGACAUGGAUCAUUUGGGUUCACAGCUUCAUUGAGUUUGCUAUAAUGAUGUCCUUACCAUGUGCUCCUGGAAUCUUCUUCCCUACACCCCCCUUUUGUUUCACAUC